GAGGGACCAAACCUCAAUCAUCAGUCCAUCAGGUAGGAGAAGAGGUAGGCAGCUGAGGAGUGAAAGAACCCUAAAACCAAAAUUCCCCAACUCUCGCUGUCGCCAUGGACGGCGAAGCCGGCGGCGGCCGAGCUGGCCGGGGACGGGGACGGGGAGACCGUUCCACUCGCCGUCGACCUGGCCGUAGGGGAACCCGACACCCUGUUUCUUCUUCUUCUUCUUCUUCUUCUUCUUCUCCUCCUGUCCUGGAUUAUUAUAGCAUCCAUGACCAAACCUGGGUUAAGGAGCGUGACGAUGAUGUGAGUAGCAGUGAACUUGGCCCUACAAGUAAAGAUCUGUCAAAAGUUGAGGCACUGUCACUGGAUGACUCACAACAUGCAUCUGGUUCAACUGAUUGUGUCGUGGUACAUGCUGGCAACACGGGCAGUGAUGGACUUGAUUCUACAUUUGCACAGCCAGCAGCACUUGAGGAAGCUGUUUCGCCUUCGCUGUCAGAGGAGAUACGCGAAUAUGAGGAAUACUUAAAGGAGCAUACCUUUGAUAGUAUGGAAGCAGCUUUUGAAUAUCUUCGCACCGGUCAGCGUGUAGUUUUGCCUAAGGUUGAAUUUAGUGAUGAUGAAUCAAGUUCUGAGCAGUUUUUGCUAGAAAAAUCUGAAGAUCAAUCAACACUAGAACCGGAACAUGACAAAUCAGCUGUGACACAAGGACAAUGUGAUGACUCUUCUUUAGAAGGAAUCACUCAGAACGGGAAAAAGUGGAUGAGUGAGGAGGCGAUGGUAGCAUUUGAAAAGUAUAUUACAAGAAGAGAUGAUCUUAAGGAAUAUGAUUACCAAUUUGAUGAGCUGCUACAUCAGUGCUUUAACGUGGAACAUUAUUACAAGAUUUUUCAUCACUUCAACUUCACUGUCAAGAUGAAGGCGCCCUGUUCAACUGAUUGGACAUCGGUGUUAUAUUUUGCCGAAGUGAAGGAAUUAUUGGGCCAUAAAAUUUACUUCUGCUCUCCUUUAGAGCCCAAUGAAGAUGGUAAUUGCUAUGCAUGUAAGAACCAAGGGAUGGAGAAUUUGAAGCAUCCAAUAGUUGGCGUGUUUGAUCGAGGCUUUCCAACUCAAGUGUUCCCCUACACAUACUCGAGUGGCUCUGAGGAUGAAGCAUGGCUCUGAUCAUCGAUGGAGCUGACGCCGAUUAUUACUCCAGUGUGUAAUGCGUUUUAGACUCGAUUAAUCGGCUCGAUCCCUAGACUGAACCAAUUAAUCAACGCGUCUUUGCAUGCUACAACUCGUGUCAGCAUGAGCAUGGGCUGAAAACUACAUAUGCAUUAUCAUUGAUCUCGUUUGUGAAUGCUGAACUCUGUAGUUGUGAUUGGUAGUCGAUGCAAGAGUUAGUAGAUCUUGUUUCUAUCUAUAUUUAUGUAACUCGCAAAUUUGUGAAUGCUAACUUGUUAACUUUCAAACUCAUGCAUGCAUGGUUGAUGCGUGUGUAGCCACUACUAGUAA